AAACAAGAAAUGUGUCAGGGCAUGCGUGUUUACUCCUCUGUCCAUGGCUGCACCCACAUCCCCUGUCAGUGCAGGAGGAGGCAUUUUGCACCCCUGGGUGUCAUGGCCCAGCCUGCAGAGAGGUGUCACACAGAGGGAUUGUGGAGAGUGUGGCAGGGGCUGGAGGCAGCUGGACCAGGAGACGCUGAUGGGGUAACGCUUGUGCCUGCAGCUCCCGGAGGCCUUUGAGGACGUGGCUGUGUAUUUCACAUGGGAGGAGUGGGAGCUGCUGGAAGACGCACAGAAGGGGCUUUACCGGGACCAGAUGCUGAGGAACUGGCGAGCCCUCGUUUCCCUGGGAUAUCGUGGUCCCACCCCUGACUUAAUCUGCCGCAUUGCGCAAGGACAGGAGGAGCUCUGGGUCUGUGAUGAUGAGGACCAUGGGGACAUUUCAAAGUCAGAGGACCUGCUGUCAGGAAGCACCUGGCUGCUGAGUAGAGUUGAGAAGCAAAGUCUAGAAGAUGGGUCUGCAAACCUGGAGCCACCCUGGGCUUUCCCCGGAGGUUUGGUCGAGGUGGAGUCCCUGAGACCUGAGGAAAACCAAUGGCUCCAGAGCCAGGGGAGGUAUCAAAAGCUGAGGGAGAAUGUAGCAAUGAAGCAGGUGCCAUCUUCCCUUGCACGUGAGAGUGGAGAAAGGACAGAGUCCAGAGAGAGCCCUGGGUACAGGGAAGGAUUUGUGGAGCUGAAGAGCCAUGAGGCAAAGUUCCACCGGAAAGAAACCCUGCCUCCGAACCAAGCCACUGGGGAGGGCCUGAGAGGGAAACAGGACGUGCCCGCCAGGACCAGGGGCAAAGCCCACCCCUGCCCUGAGUGCCAGAAAAUAUUUCACUGCCCCUCACACUGGGCUCUGCCACCUGAGUGCCCCGAGUGUGGGAAGAGCUUCACCCACUCCUCCAACCUGGCUGAACACCAGCACAUCUAUACCGGGGACAAGCAAUAUCUAUGCUCAGUGUGUGGGAAGAGCUUCAAAAGUUCUUCCCGUCUGACGCAACACCAGCACAUCCAUAUCAGGGAGAAGCCAUACCAGUGCUCUGAAUGUGGGAAGUGCUUCAACUGUCCCUCCCAUCUGACACGACACCAGCGCAUCCAUACUAAGGAGAAGCCAUAUCAGUGCCUUGAAUGUGGGAAGAGAUUCAAGAGUUCAUCCUACCUGGCCCAGCACCUAUGUAUCCACACAGGGGAGAAGCCACAUUGGUGCUCUGUGUGUGAGAAGAGUUUCAGCUGUUCCUCUCACCUGGCCAUCCAUGAGCGUAUCCACAGAGGUGAUAAGUCACAUCACUGCUCUGUGUGUGGGAAGAGCUUCACUAGCUCAUCCCAACUGGCCUGUCACCAACGUGUUCACACUGGGGAGAAACCACAUCAGUGCUCUGUGUGUGGGAAGAGUUUCAGCUAUUCCUCCAACCUGGCCAUCCACCAGCGUAUCCACACAGGCGAUAAGCCGCAUCAAUGCUGUGUGUGUGGAAAGAGGUUCACCCAGUCCUCCACUCUGGCCCAUCACCAGCAUAUCCACACAGGGGAGAAACCACAUCAGUGCUCUGUGUGUGGGAAGAGCUUCAGCCGUUCCUCCUAUCUUGCCAUCCACCAGCGCAUCCAUACAGGGGAGGAACCAUAUCGGUGCUCUGAGUGUGGGAGAAGCUUCACCCAGGCCGCCCAUUUGGUCCAACACCAGCGUAUCCACACAGGCGAUAAGCCGCAUCAGUGCUCUGUGUGUGGGAAGAGCUUCACUAAUUCAUCCCAACUGACCCGUCACCAUCGUAUUCACACUGGGGAGAAACCAGAUCAGUGCCCUGUGUGUGGGAAGAGCUUCACUAGUUCAUCCCAUUUGGCCCGUCACCAACGUAUCCAUACAGGGGAGAAACCACAUCACUGCUCUGUGUGUGGGAAGAGCUUCACCCGUUCCUCCUAUUUGGCCGUCCACCAGCGCAUCCAUAUAGGGGAGGAGCCAUAAUGGUGCUCAGAGUGUGGAAAGAGCUUCACCGAGGCCUCCCAUUUGGUCCAACAUAAGCAUAUCCACAUGGGAGAAGCCACAUCAGUGCUGUGCAUAUAAGGACUUCUCUCAGUCCUUCAACCUACCUGCAUACCCUCAUGUGUACGCAAGGGAGUGACCACAUCAGUGCCCUGAGUGUAGAAAGACCUUUGCUAUGUCAUCCCACCUGGCCCAGCACAAAUGCAUCCACAGAGGGGAGAAGCCACAUCUGUCCUCUGUGUGGGAAGAGCUUCACCAGUUCCUCUGACCUGGCCAUCCCCCAGAGUAUCCACACAGAGGAAAGCCACAUCAGUGCUUUCUGUGUGGGAAGAGCUUCACCCAUUCCUCCAGUCUGGUUUAAUACCAGCAGAUCCAUACGGAGGAUGAGUCAUGUUAUUGCUCUGCCUGUGGGAUGAGGCUCACCCACCUCUUCAACCUGGCCGGACAAGCAUAUGCACACAGAUGAGAAGCCACAUCAGU